UUGGCAUGCACGGAAUGCGGCGCCCAUUGUCAUGGGUGCCGGACACCGACGGCAGCGACGGGCCAUGAUGGCGACGUGCACUGCAGUGUACGCCCAGCGCUGAGCAGCCAAAGCGGACGCCGGCCGCUGACAGGGGCUGCGACCCGGGAGCAGCCCAGGCACCGGACCAACAAUGGCAUCGCCGCCGCCGCCGGCGCCGGCCGCCGGCCCGGCUACGGCCCAAGAUGUGACGCCGCUCACCCGGCGGCCCGUCGUGGCCGAGGAGAGCGGCUAUCACUACAGGUGGGACAUCGCGAUGGGCGACACUCCGUCUGAUCUCGACUGGGGCGAAGAAAUCGUGAAGGAAAACAAGAAGCUGUCCUUCGAGAAAGAUGUGCGAGUCCAGGAGUUCGACAAGAAGCAGGCCUCGGACGUGGUGGUGCACAUGGCGCGCCGCGACGACACGAAGGAGCAGGCCAUACUGCCGGAGCGACCGCACGAGGAGACGCUCAAGAGGAAGAAGCGCAAGAAGAAGAAGAAGAAAAAGAAACGCCGACGGCGGGCGAAUUACCGCUUCGAGUUGGGCAAGCCGAUCAAACGCGACGAUGACGACGAUGAUGACGCCGGAGAGAGCAGCAGCAAGAAGAAGAAGAAGAAGAAAAAGAAAAAGAAGAAAAAGAAGAAAAAGAAAAAGAAGAAGAAGAGCAAGAAGAGCAAGAGCAAGAGCAAGAAAAGCAAAAAGAAGAAGAAAAAGAAGGGUAAGAAAAAGAAGAAAAAGAAGGGAAGUAAGAGCAAGAAGAAGAAGAGCAAGGGAAAAAAGAGCAAGGGAAAGAAGAAAAGCAAUGAAGCUACGCCUCCAGCAAGCCCACCUCCACCGGCGCCAGCAUCGCCACCGCCGCCAGCGCCCUCUUCUCCGCCUCCUGUCGCCCAGGCGCCUGCCGCACCACCGCCGCCGCCGGCAGAGAGCAUACCACCACUGCCACCGAUGGGCUUCCCCGACGGCAUGAUCAUGGUCACUCACGAGCGCUCUUCCUCGUCAUCCGUCGACGGACCCUUCACGGAGCGAAUCCGCAUGGUCGGCUCACCGGAGACGUUCAACAGGUUGUCGUCGCAGGAGCCGCCCAACUUGCAACAGCUCAUGACUUCCGUAGAAGGAGCGCAGCCACCGGGACCUUUCGUGCAAGGUUCCUCGGAGCGAACGCCGACGGAGCAGUUCAACGUGCAGGCUAUUCCGUCAGCGACGGGCGCUGUCGAAACGAUGGAGCCUGGAAUGACGGAACAGGUAAUCCAGGCUCCCGGUGGACCACAGAUCAAAAUACGCACCAAAACUGAGAUAGAGAUGAUCCAACCGGAAGAGGAACCGCCGCCCCCACCUCGUCGUGGCAUCGAGGCCAUCACGCGGCAGCAGAUCGAGGAGAUCCCAUCUCCGGACGGUGGAGAACCCCGUUACUCGACUUCGCAAGAAAACAUCAUCCGUCGCAUUGAGCUUCCAGGUGCCCGCCCAGGCCGCCGUCGCUCCCGCCGGUUCUACGGCGCUAAUACGCGCGGUAUCGACAUCAGCCCCGAGGCACGCGUAAUACGCACCACGUCCCGCAAGGUGACCGGAGCGGACGGCGCGCCACGCAUCGACACAAAAGUGUCGAUCAGUCCACCGCGGGAGGGCUACGCGGCAGCUGCCACGCAAAAGCCGCCCAUGCUGGUAGCUGCAGCUGCACGCGCGGACAGCAGCUCUAGCUCGGAUGUGCAGAAAGAGGCUGCAAUUCUGAACCAGCUCAGCAUGAUGGUCAACAGUCGGACGGAUCGUGAGCUCAAGCGACUCAAGAGCGCCGAGCGCAGAAGGCGCCACCGCGCUCGCAGAGAAAAGCGGCGCCGGCGUCGUGCCGCGAGACAGAGCCGGCGUGCCCUCAAAGACUGGGAGAGCACCGGGGACAUACCGUUCGAGCGUCUGCAGGAGCAGCCGCAGAUGGCGCCGGCCACACUCACCAUGGUGCACAGUCAGCUAUUCAAUCCUGCCAACUACGGGCAGCCCCCGCUCCGACAACCGGCGCCGGGUCCGGCUGCGAGCGUGGCGAACGCGCUGGAGCAUUGCUGCAAGAUGCUCGAGAACGUGGCGGACGAAUUCCGAAUAAUGCCGCAGCCGGCGAUGGCAACCUCCCGCAGCGCAUCGCCUCGAGCUUCGAAGAGACGGUCCCGUCGCAAGAGGUCCGGAAAACGGCAGGGUUCGUGCAUCAGCACCAUUUGCUCGUGGCUCGGCUUGAACGAAGGCGAUGCUGAGCCGAAGAAGAAGCGCAGCGGGCGACGCAAGCAGCAACGGACACGGCGGCGGCGACCAAGUUCCUCGACGACGAGACGGGGUAGUUCCUCGACUCGGGGACGAUCUUCCACUACGCGACGCUCGUCAUCGGGCUCCACAUCCGGCAGCUCUUCGUGGACAUCAGGGGGAAGCACUACGCGUGGCAGCGCAUCGACGAGACGACGAAGUAGCCGCUCGUCGGCGUCCGCCACCUCUCGGGGCUCGAAGGAGUUCGAGUUCAUCACGCACAUCACGACAGUGGACCCGAGGAAGCUGCGCGCAGGAAAAGUGUACAGGAUGAAAGGCGCCGACGACAGAUCGUCCAGCGACACGGUUACCACGAGGAAUUCGGUAUCGUGCUACCAGGUCACAACACAACAACACCGCGUGGGCGAUUGGGAUGACGCGGAAAGUCGUGAGGGUACCCAGCGGCUGCGUGAAAUGCUCGUCGAAAGAGGUGACGAAGGAGACUAUGACGACGAUGGUGUCCACAAGAGGCGACACCGCGGACGGAAGCACGGCCGGCACAAGCGUCGCCACCGCAAGGACCGCAGCUGGCACUCUGACGGCACGUACCGGCGCUACUACCCCACGUACUACGCGCGGUCGAGCCAGUCGUACGAUCGGGUCCCGUACCGAUUCUCGCGGUACACGGCCGGUUACGACGAUUACUCGCAGCAUCCGCUAUCGGAGAGGGUGCCUUCGCAAGCGCGCCUCGCUUUUGGGGACGCAGGGCUGUACCAACAGGCGGCCGCUCCCGUGGUGGUACCGGAGGUUCAGCCCCUACUGGCGGAGGAUAUGAUGGUGGCUACCCACCGUAUGUCAGCACCGGCCAUCGUACCCACUUACGCAACGCCAGUCAUUUCCACCUCAACGGAAGUAGUGACGCCGGUCCAGCGAGUGCUGAGUGCCACUCGGAUAGCUGAUACAACGCCGCAGUAUCAGGCGGGUCUCGUAACGCCGUGCUCGGCUGUGAUGUCGCAGCAGAGUCUAGUCUCGCGGGCCACGGAUCAAACUUACAUUUCUCACGUGCCUUCUUAUCAGACUUACCAGACGGACGCGUACGUAGCUCUUCCAACUGUAUCACCGCCGUCAGUGGCGCCGUUGCCACAAACUGCUUCAGUGAGGCAGACCCAGGUAGUUAUACAACAGGGGCCGGACUACGACAUGCCACCAGCGGCGCCCGUUUACGAGCAAGAAAUGUUCCUCGAAGAACCAGCAUUGGUACAGUACCAAACGCCGGUCACCUACGCUCCACAGGAGUGGGCGUACGAGGGCGACGCCGCGUUCGGUGCCAUGGCGGCGACGACGACGACCAUCGAGGAGUACUCGUCGCAACUGCACGACUACACGCAACAGCCCGUGUUUGUGGAGCAGCCGCAACCACAGUUUGUCUCCGGGGUGAGCACGUACCAGUCCGCGACACCAGUGCUGGCGUCUCCGCCUCAGUACAUUGUCUACAACAACCCGUGCAAUUACUAUGGGACCAUGGGCAGUGCCGCCUACCAACCUGCGUCCGCCAUGGUGUCUAACGCGUCACCGCUGCUGAACCCUUUGUCGACGUACACGGCGUCGGCACCGGUGCUUCGCCACAUGUCCCGCACUUACACCGAGGAAGAGUAUCUCACGGACAGCUCCACCACCGAUAGCUACAGCGACCUCGGGGCUCAAAUGGCGCGCGGGGGUUUCGGUGGUGGUGCCACGGGAAGGCUCGCGGCGCCGUCCUCCUACCUGGCAUCUACCACGUUUGUGCCAUCGACGUUCGAUAGCAGCCGCCAGGUGCCGAUUAUACCGACCAGAAAGCCCGCCUACCUCGACCAGAGGGCGCUCACGCCGCGGGACCCACAGGCGAAAUCCAGCAAACUGGCUCUCGGGCAGACAUGCCGAACAUACGAUCGCUGGAUGGCUGAUCAGGCUCGGUGCGAGGUGAUCCGCGAGAACCGCAAGACGGGCUACCAGGUGCAUAUCAUAGUCGCUUUUCUCAUGCUGCUGGCCACGAUCAUCGGCGCGUUGGCCAUUCUAAGCGUGUAUGGACGGCGCCGCUACAUGUCAAUGUUCGUCGACUCGGACGAGUUCAACAGCACCAUGAACAGCCCCUGGUACCGGUACUUCUUGCGCAGCUUCAACAUCAAGAGUAAUGGGAGCGGCGCCACGCAGGAGGCGUUCGGUCUGUGCAGAACUCCUGAGUGCGGCAGAGAAGGCGCCUACAUUGCGGGUUCCCUGAACUGGUCGGUGAAUCCCUGUGGUGACUUCUACAGUUUUGCGUGCUCCAUUCCCACGUCCAGCCCUGACUACCGUGCCGCGGACUCAAUGAUUGUCGACGACAUCAAGAACGCUAUUCUCAAAAUCCUCCGCGAGGAACGUCGUUUUGUCGACAGCCCCGUCUCUACCGCACGACGUCUGUGGAUUGAGUGCAUGAACGUGAGUGCGUUGCGUUCUUUGAAAAUUGGUCCUUUGCAAUCUGCCUUAAACGCUACUGGUCUGCGCGGUUGGCCAUAUGAAGCAGACGAAGACAACACUGUUUCGACUGUUUGGAACACAUCGGCCAAAAUCCUCAGGUACUUCGGCAUACCAACGUUGCUAAAGGUUCACCUUACUAAAGUAGCAAGAACAUCAGACGCGGUGGUAGUGUUGGACAAAUCGAGUGCUUUCGGAACUCUCGAUGAUUUCAGCAAUAACGAAUCAAUUAGCGAGCGUUCUAGAGUACUUCAUGAUUUGAUGCGUCUCGUGAGCCCCAAAGCGCCUCGAGGUCUUGCUGACGAGGCUCUAGAAUUUGUUCACUACGUGCUUCGACUGACGGAAAGUUCAUCAACUAAAGAUAGCGAAGAGCAAGUCAGAAGCCUCGGGGACUUGAGUCUUUUCCAGCCUUUUGUCUUAAACGCUCUCGGCGAUGUGCUCGAUAACAUAACCGGAGAACCCGUCCUUCUGCUGCAGUCCUCUGACUAUAUCAAUGACCUGAUCGAGGCCAUUAGGGUGACUCCCCCUCACGUCACACUCAACUACCUCGGUUACAUCCUUGUGGACCACAUCAAACCGUUCGUUCUUCCCGCAUUGUGGGACCCACCGAACCGUGACAAGGUCUGCCUCGAGGCUCUUGACAAAGCUUUACCUCGCAUGGUCCAUUACAUGGCCUACACAAGGUUCAAGACCACACUUGAGAAUGUUGCCAUACGCAACAUCAUCGAUGACCUCAAGCACGAGCUCAUGACGGCCAUCGCCAAAACGACAUGGCUAGACGUAUCGACCAAAUCGCAGCUCCUAAAACGCCUCACGGAGACCCAGAUCCAUGCCUUCUUCCCGCAUUGGAUGAGUAACACCCAAGUGGCACGGGAGUUCUUCGCGGACCUCCCUGAGGUGACGCCAGGUCGCGCACUCGAAUCAUACCAGGCAAUCCGCGAACACCUGUUUCGUGCGUCCCUGCUAGAUCAUUUCGACAAGAACGACCUCUGGAAGGGCAGCGUAUUCGACACAGACUGUUCUGUGGACCACGAAUUGAGCAAUGUCUAUUUCCCGGUAACGUUGGUCAAUGUCACCGGUCGAGCAACACAGUUCUUCCUGCUCUUCCAGAUACCGCGCAUCGGCUCCCGCCUUGUGCGGUGCCUCUUCCUGACACUUCUUCAGGGAAGCGUCAAUGGUGGCGGGAGCCUCAGGUCUGAAGGCGGCGCGGCUUCCUGGUGGUCUCAGACAGCGCGCCAGAGCUACCAGGCACGAAAGCACUGCUUCAGCAGCCAGAGACCUGAAAUAUGUGACACCGCGGAGAACACGGGUGACGCGGUGGCCCGUCGCCGGCAGCAGGCGCUGCUGCGAGAAAUCGCUGAGGCUGCGGCUGUAGCUCCGGUGCUGAAGUUGUACCGGAUGUACAUCAUGUCUCGGAGCAGACACCGGACGGACUACCGCUUCCAGAACGCCGAGGGCGUCUCGACGAACCAACUGUUUUAUGUGUACCACGCGCUUAACUUAUGCCAACCGCGAGCGCUCCUGGAACGCAGAUCGAGUACUGCCGCAUCUGUAGCUGGAAUAUGCAACGAGCCGUCGAGGCGGAGAGUGAAUUCCGCGUUGAUGAACGACCCAGAGUUCGAGAAGGUCUUUGGCUGCAGCCCUGGUACAAACAUGAACCCAGCGACAAAAUGCAGUUUCUACUAGCGGUAGGCGCGACCGGGGCUUGAUGACGUUGCUUCUAUUGUUCACUUGUUGAAACUCCCUAGCUUUCUCUUCACUUAUGCCCCCCACGCAUUUGCCUUUGUAAGUGCAUGUCCAUAACGUGGCUCAAUAAAGGAUCCACGCUUUUUCUUGUUUUUC